CAUGGCCGACGCUGCCCGGCAACUGUUGGUCGCACUGCGCGAGGAAGAUCCGCGGGCUGUGGAGGAGCUGCUGCACCUCGGGGCGGACCCCAGCCUGGUGCUGGAGGAUGGCGUGGCGGCGGUGCACCUGGCGGCCCGAGCUCGCCAUCCGCGCGCCCUGCAUUGCCUCCGGAUCCUGCUGCGCCGGGGCGCCGACCCCAAUGCUCGGUCCACUGAGGCGCUGACACCCGUGCACGUGGCCGCCGUGUGGGGCUGUCGUGGCGCCCUGGAGCUGCUGCUGAGCCGAGGGGGCGACCCGACGCUGCGAGACCAGGACGGGCUCCAGCCACUGGACUGGGCUCUGCAGCAGGGACACCGUGACUGCGCACGCCUGCUGCGGGAGCUGGACACGCCCACCCGGACACGGAAGGAGAUCCUGGAGUCAGCUGUUGAGCAGAGCCCAGGGGGUGCAAGGAACCUGUCACUGCGCUGCCUCACUUCUGGGGAGAAGUUACCUGUAGCUCUGGCUGGCCUUGAAUCCACCAUGGGUCGAGGACGUGUCUUUGUGAGGUCUCCUGACAUCUUUAUACCUCCGUGUUUGUCACCGGACUCAGAGCAGCUCAUGCGCAGAGCUGAGCUGGCAGCUGCUCGUGAGGUGGCGGUGGAGCCCGGGAGUCCCGAGGCCACUGGGAGUGAGGACUGCAGCAGUGACGCCUCCUUUGUCACUGCAUCGGAGGACUCUCUGCAGUCCCAGCGACCUGCGGGGACACUGGGGUCGACAGCCAGCCUGUGGCCAUCUGGUGGAGCUGAGACAGCUGGGGAUGGGGUACUGAGCUGCCAGCUGCAGGCCCUGACGUUGACCACAGGGGCCACCAAUGUCCCAUCCCUGCCCAGUGACGGGGACUCGGGGGCCUUGCAUCCACACGGCUUGGUGUCUCCCAUGUCCGACCUGCAGCUGCUCCAGGCCUUGCGGGCGCUGGGCCACAGUCCUGGCCCGGUCACCCCUUUCACCCGUGGAUACUACUUGCGGCGGCUGCAGGAAGCCCAGGCUAGCCCGGGGCACAGCCCAGAAUUGGCGGAAGUGCUGAGAACAGGCUGCAUUCCCGACUGCAAGGCGGAUGAGGCCGCCCUGGCUCAGUACUUUCAACGGCUCGAUCCCACGAAGAGGUGGCGGGGAGGCGUUACCAAGUCCAGCUUUACAUAUCUUCUUCUUGACCCCAGGCAGACGCAGGGACUGCCUGCCAGAGCCUCCUCCCUCACACUGGUUGAGUGUCUGCAAUGUUUUGUGGGAGCCAUCUUCUACGUGGGCAAGGGGACCCGUGCCCGGCCGGAUGCUCACCUCUGGGAAGCCCUCGGCUACCGUGAACGCCCAGGGGAAAAGGCCUGUCCCAAGGUACGCCGGAUCUUAGACAUCUGGGCCAGCGGCCGCGGUGUCCUUUCCCUACACUGCUUCCAGCACACAACCGCCAUGGAGGCGUACACACGGGAGGCCUGCCUGUUGGAGGCCCUAGGUAUCCAGACACUGACCAACCAGAAACAGGGCCACUACUAUGGAGAGGCUGCCCACUGGCCACCCACAAAGCGGCAGCGCUUGGGGGUGUAUCUGCUGCACCGUGCUCUGCUAGUUUUCCUGGCUGAGGGGGAACGAGAGCUGAGGCCACAGGACAUCCAGGCCCGAGGCUGAGUGCUCAGGGCAUGAUCGUGGAGCAUGAGCCAUGGGGUCCCCAGCUGUGUCCUCAGCUCUGGCUUCAGAGGCUUGGUGUGUGUGUGUGUGCAAGUGUGUAGGUGUGUGCUGAAGUGUGUGAGUCAUGCUGCAGCUAGGUGCUCCUGGAUAGGUAGUGAGCUCCCAUUGUGUGUGCGGAGUAAACCAGCCGAGGGGCAGAGGGGCCUCUAGAACAUUCUGCUUUCAAGCCAGACGUGUUAGUGGUGGCCUACCACCACAACCUCAUGAGGAUGGGGCAAGAGGGUUGCUAGAUGGAAACCAGCCUGGAGACUAGAAACUGGCAUACAUUUGUAUUUGGUUGGAGGCCUCUGAGUGUGUUUAGUGGGGAUAGUCCUUCCCCUCUGGGUGUCCACACUCUAGGGCCCAAAUAUGCUCUUGGGGGCACAUCUAGGGUCAAGCAAGGCUGCAGAGCUCAGACUGCCUGGGAGUGGAGUGUGUGCGUGUGUGUGUGUGCCUAUAGUGUUCCUAGGAAUGCCCUACCCCUCUGCAGUCCUGUGCUGUGUCUAGCCCCUUGCCCUCUAAGCAUCCAGGCAGCCUGAGGUUGUGGCCUGCCUCUCCGGUCCUCACCCUUCUCCAUCACCAAGUGGCUGCCUUCCUGCAAGAGCUUCAGGAACACCCCCAGCAGGAUCUGCAGGCACACGGGGAAGUCCCUCCUGCUGUCUACCCUUCAGCCCCUCCCAGAUGGAUCUCCAGGAUGGCCUGCCACCCUGCUGGAACCUCACCAGAAGGUUGCCUACCUAUCUUGGGUCAUACCAGCUGGAAGCGCCACUGAGGAAGAACAGUCCUCCAGAUCGCCCAGCUGACAGCCCUGCCCAGGCAGAGACCACGCCCACCAUAAGUCACACCCACUUAAAGCAAGCCACAGCAAGGAUUGUAGCCUAGGAACCAUACUCACCUGGAAGCUGUGGAACUGUGGCCGCCUCCUUUACUUGGACAUAGUUUGAGACAUUUGAGGGCCAUGCCUUCCGGGUGCCAUACCCCCAGGCUCUCCAUGCAGCUGGCUGCUGCUUCGAAAUGGCGGCCUUCUGUUUCACUCAGAUGCUAGCUGAGUGAUGGGGGAGAGUCUUCUGUUUUGUGUUAAUUUCAUUGGUUAAAUAAAGAGACUGCCUUGGCCCUUUAAUAGGAAAUAAAAUUAGGUAGGCGGAGUAAACAGAACAGAAUGCUGG